GCGAGAAUUGAAAUCGAAACCGCAUCCGAAGGUUUCCGUAUUGCCUCCUCCUCUUCGUCUCUUCCCCUCUGGAUCGAGGAAAUGGAAGAAGUCCCAUCGAUGAGGAUCGCCGCAGGAAAGGAAGGGACCGAAGAAGCAGCUGGAGACACAGUGGUUCCGCCGAUGGGGGCGACGGAGACGAUUAAUCUUUCGGUGAAGAUGGCAAGGCUGACAUCGGAUGAGACGGAGAAAGGACAGACGGGCAAGAUCUUAAUUACUCUGUCGAUUUCCAAUUACGUUAGUAGGUAUCAAGACACAAACAUCAAAGGCACGAAGCCCCAUUGGGGGCGUAAGAAAUGUUUCAGCGCGAGCUUGAUAUCUCUUCGCUGGUUUAGGGAUAUCUGAAAUAACUCCAGAAACCAAUAAAAUCGUUUGAAUGAGGGGUGCGUCAUCCUAAAAACUUGGAAUAUCUGAUUGAGAAGGGUGGUUUACUUUCGGGAAAGAAGGUUAAAGAAUCAGGCAAGCUCGGGAGCUUGGCAAAUGGCAGCUUCUCAUCGUCCUUAAAACGCCAUGGCAACUGCUGGUCCCAACUCACCAGAUAUUGACUACGUCGAUCUCAUUCACAAGUUUAUAUAUGUGUAUGUGUACAUAUAAUAGUGAUCCAAGGUAUAAAAUAUCAACAGGACAAAGUAAUCCGAUCAAGCCAAGGAAGAUGCAUGUUUGAUAGGAUUACCGGACUGAAAUCUUGAGUAAGCAUGUUCCCCCCAAGUCGGUGAUCAGGUACGGGGAACACGUUUUAGGAUCUUACGGACAGCCGAAUCCCAAGUCUUGUAUAUGGGAACACAUAACAAGUCUUUGUAAGCGCUCUCCCAAGUUUUUCACCGGAGAAACCAGCAGGUCGAGGUUCUCCCUUUUCUAGUCAAACUACAUUGAAUUUUCCUCUUUCUCCCUCUUGUCCUUUUCUUUUUGUUUUUAUUUCCAUUGGGUUGACUUGACCAAUCGUCACCACCACAAAGCAUGUCUAAAUAACAUCUAGAGGAGUACAUUCAUCGAUUGUGCUCUCUCUCUCUCUCUCUCUCUCUCUCUCUCUCUCUCUCAGGUGCUGGCCAUCAAAGGGUCCUCGAAGAUUGAGCAGAUGAAGCUGAUGUUCUGUGGAUGUUGGAGGAGGGGAAAGAUAGGAGGAGGUGGUGGUGGCAGCGAACAGCAGCAGCAGUCAUCAUCGCAGCCGUCACCGUGGAACCUAUUCAUCGACCUGAAGACGUUGGAAGUCGCCACCGAUGACUUCUCCGAAUCCAAUCUUCUCGGCCAAGGCGGCUUCGGCCCCGUUUACAAGGGGGUGUUGGAAAACGGGCAAGAGAUUGCAGUGAAGAAGCUCUCACUGAACUCUCGGCAGGGGGUGCGGGAGUUCACCAACGAGGUGAAGCUGCUGCUCAAAGUCCAACACCGCAACCUCGUGUCGCUCCUUGGCUGCUGCAUCACCUCCGAUCAGAAGAUGCUCGUCUACCCCUACUUCCCCAACCGAAGCCUCGACCACUUCCUUUUUGGGAACAGCUCCGCGGCAACAUUGGAUUGGUCAAAGCGUUUUGAGAUCAUUGGGGGAGUGGCGAAGGGCCUCGUGUAUCUUCACGAAGAAUCUCCUGUGAAGAUCAUUCACAGGGACAUUAAAGCCAGUAACAUUUUGCUUGACGACCAACUAAACCCAAAGAUAGCUGACUUCGGCAUGGCAAGACUCUUCCAGGGGGAUGAUACCCACGUCAACACGUUCAAAAUUUCUGGUACCUACGGCUAUAUGGCCCCAGAGUACGCAAUGAACGGCUAUUUAUCAGCAAAGGCAGAUGUCUUCAGCUUCGGGGUAUUGGUAUUGGAGAUUGUGAGCGGCAGGAAAAAUCUCGACGGGCGAUUGGAUGAAGAAAAGUCCGACCUAUUGAGCUACGCAUGGAAGGUGUUUCAGGAGGGAAAAGCACUGGAGAUCAUGGAUCCUACCAUCCCUUCCGGGAACGGCGACGAAGCUGCACAGUGCAUCCAAAUAGCACUGUUGUGCUGCCAAGCCGUGCUUUCUGAUCGACCCGACAUGUACACCGUCCAUCUCAUGCUUUCGAGCGAUUCCUUCUCGUUGCCGAAGCCAGGACGGCCUGGGACUCGCGGAAGAGUAGGGCGAUGGACCUCGACGCCCAACUCGACUCUCACCAAGGCCAGCACAAGCAGUGGUGGGUACACCGCUUCUGACACCACAAAAGCUUCCACCCUGUACAGUGUAGCGGAAGACCACUCCCGGAACUCGAUCUCGGUAUCUUUUACCACAGAGGGUCGGUGACAGGAAGAUGCUCACGCGAGUUCCAGUCUUGCAAUGUAGGUGGUCUUCGAAGAAGAAACAUAUGUUAGCAGUGGCCAACGUUGCAGAGAGGAGGAGGAGGCUUCUCUUUCGUCUCAUGAUCCUCUGUAGCAUAUGGGUGUUCUUCAAGCCUCAGGACGGAGGACUGGCGGUUCCCGUAUUACACAGGGAGAACAUGAUCACCACAAGGAGGAGGUUGGACUCGCCGGGAAUUGACAACCUCAUCGACGAGAGCAAGCGGCGAGCACCCAGCUCGCCGGAUCCCCUCCACAAUCGGUAGCUUCUCCAUUUCCCUCGCUCGGUCUUUGCAUCACUCAAUAUGCAAAAGUUUUCAUAGCUGAAGGCCUCUCCUUUCCCCCCUCCCUUUCUUACUUGAAUUGCUGAAUGUGAUUGAUGAUGAAGCGGAUGUCAGGAUCAUGGAAGAAGUAAUCGAGGACCCUUAAAUUGUUGAUGA